AUGAUCAUUGGUGAAGUCUAUUCAAACACAUUUUCCUUUCAAGAAGCUACAUUCAGCAGCUCUCAUUAUAUUUCAGAUUGCGAACUGUUGCACGGCCACGAGUAUCAUUUAUCAAUAUCAUUGGAAUGAUGUGGACCUUGCAAUUUUUUACCUAUAAACAAAGACUACAUUAGAACUUUACUAUUAGAAAUUUGCAGUAGCUUUGAUAAAAAAAUUAUGAUUCCAGAGCACUCAAAAGAGUUCCCUUUUGAAGAUCUAGAUGGCCACUUCAGAGUAAAUUUCAGAAGUAUUCAUUUUGAAUUCCCUAACUCCUACAAUUAAUUUAUUGCCAAAUUUUGAAAAAAGAAUAAAAUUAUAAAGAAUAAAUAGUUUUUAUAAUUUGAGAACUAAGAGAAAUUGCAUAGUCUUGCCUAUCUCAAACACAACCUGUGAAGAGCUGUCAAAGUAUAUAAAUUCUUUAAUAUUAGAGAAACUUUCUCUGGGAUUUAAAUGCAGUAUAAGUAUACAAAACCUUAAAGUAUCUUUAUCAGAACUUUAUCAGCAGCAAGAAGGUUCAACUAACGUAUGCUUUGGAGGGUCCAAUUAA